UGAUCACACAGGAGAGUGUAGAUGGACGGACAGUCGGUGCCAUAUGGGCGGCUGAGAUUUGGACUCCACUUGUCAAGACUUUGUCAGUUUUGGAAAGGAGGCCUGCCAAGACGGUUGGGAGCACUGGGGCCGCGGAUCGGGGAGACCUGGACUGGGAUAGUGUUGGUCAGAGCUGACGGCCGCCGCCAUGUUUUGUUCAGCGAAGCAUCUCCAUCCAGGAGCUGGAUUUUUUUCUCUCUUCCUCUGAAUGGACAUGGUUGGGUGAGGGGUGUAGGUGAAGCAGGGUGGAGGGUACACAGAGACCCCCUCGCAGGCAGCAUCUAUCUCCUUUGCAGCCUUCAACCUUUAAAACUCUUGUGACAGCAGCUUAUCCGGGGGCUAGACUUCGUCACGCUCCCACAGCGGCCGCAGAAUCCCCCUCCUCACCCCCUUACGCUACCUUCCCAGCGCUACACCUCCUCUCCCCUCCCCCCACCUCUUGCAACACGACUCCUCUCCACUCACUCCAUAGCUUGAGACUGAAGGCAGCCUCGGUGAGUGGAGGGAAAGAGAAAGAGAGAGGAGAGAGCGGUGAGGCUUUCCCAGCAUAGAGAAGCAGCAGGAGGUGAGAGGGAGGAUGAUGGAAGCCAGCUUUGACACUGAGGAGAGUUUUGACGACCCCUCCUGUCUCGCCCCGCAGCCCCCCGGCUCCGUUUCACCGGCCAGGAGGCAGAUCAGGGAGGUCAAGGAGACCAAGAUCACGAUCAACUGUGUGACGUUCCCUCUGCCUGGAGGGAGUCCGGAGCAGCAGCUCCUGAAGCCCAACGAAUGGAGCUACUGCGACUACUUCUGGACCGACAAGAAAGACCCACAGGGCACGACCUCGGUAGCGGGCUUCGAGGUCCUUCUGCAGAAGCAGCUGAAGGGCAAACAGAUGCAGAAGGAGAUGUCCGAGUUUAUCCACGAGAGGAUAAAGAUUGAAGAAGAGUACGCCAAGAAUCUCUCCAAGCUGUCUCUGAGCCCCCUGGCAGCGCAGGAUGAAGGGACUCUGGGAGAGGCGUGGACUCAGCUGAAGAAGAGUCUUCAUGAUGAAGCUGAAGUCCACCUCAAGUUCUCCAACAAGCUCCACUCUGAGGUAGAAAAGCCCUUGCUGACGUUCAGAUGCGACAACUUCAAGAAGGACCUGAAAAAGUACGACCAUCACAUCGCCGACCUCCGGAAGCAGCUGGCGAGUCGCUAUGCAAGUGUGGAGAAGGUAUGGAGUCUCACGUGAUCACAUAUUAUUAAA